AUGGCUUCCGGCCCGCCCAAGCACGAGAUGGUGUAUCUCCCGGAGCUGACGAGCAAGAUGCGCAGUUUCGGCGAGUUUAGGAAGGUCAUUCAUACGGGGCUGUAUAGCCAGUUGGUGGCUAUGGAGGUGCCUGUGGGCGGGGAUAUUGGGGAUGAGGUCCACAUGGUCGACCAGAUCCUCAUCUUCACAUCCGGCCAGGGCCGCGCGACCGUCGCGGGCAAAGACCAAGACAUCAAGGCGUCAGACGUCGUCAUCGUGCCUGCGGGGACGCAGCACCAGUUCGUGAACACAGGGGAUAAACCGCUCGAGCUGAUCACGGUGUAUGCGCCUGCGGAGCAUGAUCCGCGGACGGUGCAUAAGACGAAGGAGGAGGGCGAUGAGGAGGAGGAGAAUGGUCAGGACGAGGCGCCGGAGUGGAGCAGGCGAAGUAUGAAGGAGAAUGAGGGGGACGGGUUGGUUAAGAUUGAGGGGGGGCCGUAUAAGGAGUAG